GUGAAGCUCGGCUGAUAUUUGAGCGAUCUCAUUUCACUGUUAGCAAAAGUUUCAACAAAGUCUUGAAGGCCUUGAAUACAAUAGCACCGGAGUUUAUGGCUAAACCUGAGUCUGUGCCACCUAACAUAAGAGAAAGUACAAAGUUUUAUCCUUACUUUAAGGAUUGCGUCGGAGCUAUAGAUGGCACACAUAUUCCAGCAACGGUAGUUGGACGUGAGGUUAGCAGAUAUCGAAAUCGACAUGGGAAGAUAUCACAAAAUGUAUUAGCUGCUUGUAACUUUGAUUUACAGUUCACAUAUGUAAUUAGUGGAUGGGAGGGUUCCGCUCAUAAUUCAAAAGUAUUGAAUGAUGCGAUUUCUACACGAAAUGGACUCAAAGUGCCACCAGAUGAAUUUCCUCCCGAACCAGAAGAAGAUCCGAUAGACAAUCACGAAGAUAAUUUUGAAUGGGAUGAUUUUCAAACCCAAGAUCAGCAGAGAGAAAAUGCUAAUGAAUGGAGAAUGAGUAUUACUACUCAUAUGUGGAUAGAUGCCCAACCAAAUGCCAACAAUGAAAACAAUAACAAUGAAGAAAGUGAAAAUGAAGGAGAAGAAUAAAUCAUAUCAUUGUUUCAGAGACGUCUGCUUCUUUAGCAUGAAACUUUUUUUUUUCCCGUCUCUUAUUUUUGGUACCUUUUGGUGGAUUAUA